UGCUAAAGAAGCUUUGGUUUGGGGUUGGCAGAUUCAUAUUAAGGAAUUGCUUCAAUUCAAGUUCAAAAUGCCUAGACAUAUCUCAACUGUGCUGGACAUUGACAAAGAAUCAGACAAAUGGACAGUUCUUAUUCAAGUAGUUGAGAGGAAUCACAUUCAGUACACUCGGAAAGCACCACCUAGAAGGAUCCAACGAUUCAUGCUCACUGAUGCCCAAGGAACAAAAGUCUCUGCAGCAGCCUAUGAAAAUUGCAUCCGACUGUUCAGAAAUCUGUUAGUUCCAUACCAGCGAUACUACAUCUCUGGUGCAACUAUUAUCAAUGCUGUUCCUACAUACAAAGUUAGCGAAUAUCCGUACUCUUGGGUCCUUCAUUACUCAACUUUGAUUGAGCGCUACCUCGAACCAAUUCCUCCAAUGCUUCCAUGUCCUUUCACCUUUGACAACUUUUCUGAUGCACAUAAACAUGCAGAAUCUGAUAUUACUCUGAUAAGUGUCAAAGCAUUGGUCAUAUAUGCCUUCCUUAAAAAAGAAACAACUCCAGAUUCAGUCACAAGGGAUUUUCUCAUUGUAAAUGAAGAGAAAAAAUUGAUGCUUCUCACCUUAUGGAAUGAGUUCCAAGAGUAUGAAGGCAAUAUCCUUGCAAACACCAUUGCAACUGCUCCUAUGAUCUUUGCUAUGAGAGUGAAAGUCUCUACUUUCAACAGUUUGUCAUUAACAACAAUAGGACUAUCAUGCAUUCUCAUCAAUCCACCAGUCCAUGACGAAUUGCCACUUCGUGAAUGGUAUAGCAUCCAUAAAGAUGAAGUUAAGAUUUUAUUGGAAGCAAAAGCAUAUAAAGAUCCAGAAUUUCUGCUUCCACCACCAAACCAAGAGCACAUCAAGACCAUUCAUGAUGCAUUAAUCUCAUUCGGAACAAUACAGAUUGGAUCAUAA